AUGAUGUUACCGCCACAUUUUCCAGAUUGUUAUAAGAAAUUAAAGAAAUGGAUUAAGAAGCGCAUUAAUAUUGUAUCAACGAAUCGAUUAGCAUCAAAUGAAAAUGAGAGAAUACCGAAUGCAUCAACAACACUGAAUGGAAAAUCAACACUAAAUAAAAAAUUAACACCAAAUGAAAAAACAGGUACAUCAACAUUAAAUGAAGAAACAGUUAUAUCAGCACUAAAUGAAGAAAGAGAUACACUAACACAAAAAACAGAUACAUCAAAUGAGAUAAUAUUAAGUGAAAAAACAGAUAAUGAAGAAGAGAGAAACACGCCGACAACCAAAGGGAGAACCUUUAAUUCUCUGGGAGCCUUUAGUUCUCCGUUAAUCUUGAAUUCUUCAAAAAUGAGCUGUUUGGGAUUUUUUUCCAAAAGGAGAACCUUUAAUUCUCUGGGAACCUUUAGUUCUUCGUUAGCCUUAAAUUCUCCAAAAAUUGAUAUAUCAUGCGAAAAAACACUGGUUGGUCAUACCCCAUUAUCACUAAAACUUGAUGAGGGUAAACCAAUAAUAUAA